AUGACAAAUGGAGAGCUUUCACGAGGGCUCACAUCGUUCUCAAUCCACGCCCAAGCAAUGCAUACCUUGGAGACAGGUCCAUUUCUCCCGUACAGGGCGGCAGCUUUAUGGGACAUGCAAGCUGGUCGCGAAUUUUUCGGCGUCUACACAAACUUACAUAGCGCGGCGUUAGAUCGAGUUCGACGAUGUAUCAUGUACACAACGGGAAGCUCUGUACAGUUCGUGGAGCCUCGAGAUCUGGUCAUGCCCAGAACGAAUUUAGCAAUAUUGGGCUUUACGAAAUUCCGACGCUGUGACGUCGAUCUGAGCAGUUGUCUAGUAUACUUGAUGUGGGCUCUGGGCUUGGAUGCUGACUUGAAGGGUUGGGACAAUGUCGACGAUAUCGCCUUCCUUGCUCGCAUGCUAACAGUUGUGUCUGCCUUGUCGAAACCGGACACGGAGAUGCUAAGAGCUGCACUCUUGAGCUUUGUGACAGGGUCCACGUGGGAAGAUAUCGAAGGCUGGUUGACGCCACAGCAAUUGGCUGAUUUGCAUGUACGCGAAGGCCUAACCCUAACCCAUAGCGUUUCCGGUGCCGGACGAAGACUAGGAUAA